GCCAAUCGGGAUUUAGCUGAUUACCUGCGGACCUUUUAUGUACCCUGCACUACCUCGUUACUGCUCACAGCUUUACCACAACGCCUUUCACAAGACAACAAAUUACCACUGACGGCUUCAGUUGUCAACGCAGCCAGCAUGGUUCUCGCAUGUCUCAAGAACGUGCUCUUUCCCGCAAAGAAAGACGGAGAAUAUCAACGCUUGCUUGAUGCAGAACACGGCCCUCGACAACACUCCAUCGACACCAAUACCACCCUCGACGCUCUCAAUGAUGAGCAGAACGAGAAAAGCUCGCAAUCAUCCUUGUUCGCUUUCCACAUUUCUCCCAGAGUGGUCUCCGAUGCCACGAUUGGUCUCUCAGACGGUUUGACGGUACCCUUCGCAUUAACAGCCGGUCUAUCAGCCCUGGGCACCACCGAUCUCGUCAUCUAUGCCGGUUUCGCAGAGCUCGUUGCCGGGGCCAUCUCCAUGGGUCUUGGCGGGUACCUGGGUGCAAAAAGUGAAGCCGACGCGUAUUUGACGACACUUCAGAAGACCAGGAACAUUGUGGCUACCGAUCCUCAAGCUGCUUGUGAUAUGGCUCGAUCGACAUUUCGCGAGUACAGCUUGUCUCACGACUCGAUGGAUGCUCUCAUGAAGGAUUUGCAGUCUGAGGGCAGAUUGGUGGAUUUCUUGAUGGCGUUUCAUCAUGGGCUUGCUGAGGCCAACUUUCCAUCGUCAAAAGCGUAUACUGCAGGUUUGACAAUCGCCGCUGGAUAUUUCCUUGGGGGUCUGGUGCCGCUGCUUCCGUAUCUGUUCCUUGAUCGCAUCAGCGAGGCGUUCAGGUGCAGCGUCAUCGUCGUGGGAGUUGCAUUAUUCGUGUUCGGUUGGCUGAAGACUUCGGUUCUUGGAGAGUGCAGUCGCUGGGUUUGUUUACAAAAUGCUAUUCAGGUAGGCAUCUCUCAGAUAACAUUCUUGCGUCUUCAUACUGACACUGUGCUCCAGAUGCUCGUACUCGGAGCAAUCGCCGCUGGCGCUGCAAUGGGCUGCGUGAAGGCUAUCGGAGGAUGAAGCAUGAACAAGCUCAUGCAGUCUUUUCAUGACGAUUUUUGGAAUGCGCUUGGAGCUUCACGUCCUCUACUAUGAUCCCCAGUAUCCAACAAUUGGCGAGGAAAAAGAGGAUGCCAGCAAGCCAGAGACCAGGAACAAAUGUGGAGUUGCCCAGGAAUUCGAGCUGAAAGCCCUGCUGCAGCCAGAGGGCUUGACCCGCCACCCAUAACAGCAAUGCCGUGAUCCCAGUCCGCGGCUCGCGUAGUAGCGAUGAUGAAGGAAGGUAGAAUGGCAAGAAUACCAUGUACCAUAGAAAGUACUGUUU